AUGGAAAUUAAUGAAUUACAUCAAUUAGCACAACUAGCAGUAAAAUAUGAUGAUAUUGGUGAUUUUAAUAAUGCAAUUAUUUAUUAUUCGAAAGCAGCAAAUCAAAUAUUUAAAUUAAUCGAAAAUAAAAAAAUACCUCAAAAAUAUAAAGAAAUUUCUUUAAAAUAUUUAAAUAGAUGUGAGGAAUUGAAAAAACAUGUAAAACCAGAACAGAAUGAUUCUUUUUCUUUUGUUAUGAAGGCUUUGGAAUAUGAUGAGAAGGGAAAUUAUAAUGAGGCUUUGAAUUUGUAUACGGAAGGGGCUGAGUUGGGGCUUUUGGAGCUUAAAAGUCCAAAUAAUCCUCAAAAAAUACAAAAAUUAAAAGAAUUAACUUCAUUAGCAAUAGAAAGAGCAGAAAAAAUUAAAUCAUCAUUAAAUACCAACAGUCAAGGUUACAACAAUCCAUCAGCCCCAAUUUUAAGUGAUGAUGAAGAAAAAGUAGAAGAAGAGAUUAAUUUUGAUUUUUUAAAUAAAAUAUUUCCAAAAGUUCCAAUCAACGGUUUUUUUAAAAUUUUAAUGGAAAAAUUAAUUUUAUUUUUAAUUUUAGAAUUUAGUCUGGUUAGUCUAAAUAAUGAUCAAUCAACCUCACAAAUUAAACCAAACACAGAAAAUAAAAAUAAUGGAAAACAGCAGAGACGUCGUUGGUCUGAUCAAAAAAAGAAAAAUUUUGGAGAAUUAUCUCAAAAUGAAAUUUCUGUUUUGGCAACAACUUCUCUUAUAAAUAAUCGAAAAUAUAUUCCUUUUAUUGAAGAAUGUGAUUUGAAAAAUGAAUCUUUUUUUCUUCCAAUUCCAUUUACUGACAAGGACGGACUUUUGCCGUUAUCUGAAAAACAGAAAAAGAAUUUAAAAGGAUGGCUUAGACCUAAUGAAUUUAUAAAAGAUGAACCAAAAAUAAUUGAUAAAAUUGAUUCUGGGACUAUUAAACAGACUAUAGUUUCUGAUUGUUCUUUUGUUGCUUCACUUGCAAUUGCUGCGAGAUAUGAAAGACGUUUUGGAAUUAAAUUAAUUACACACAUCAUCUAUCCUCAAAACAAAAAUGGAGAUCCUUUGUAUAAUCCAUCAGGAAAAUAUAUGGUUCGAUUACAUAUAAAUGGAAUUUGGAGAAAGAUAAUAAUUGAUGAUUUGUUUCCGAUUGGAAAAAAUGGAGAAUUACUUUGUUCUUAUAGUCAAAAUCGAAGUGAACUUUGGGUUUCUCUUUUAGAGAAGGCUUAUUUAAAAGUGAUGGGUGGAUAUGAUUUUCCUGGUUCUAGCUCGAAUAUUGAUUUACAUUCACUUACCGGUUGGAUACCUGAACGUAUACCUAUUAGACCCGACGAGAAUGAAUUAUUUGAUGCUUCAAAAGUUUUUGAACGGCUUUUUGCACAUUUUCAUCAAGGUCAUUGUUUAAUAACUUUGGCAACUGGGCAUUUAGAUAGAAGCGAACAAGAACGUACUGGAUUAGUUGAUGCACAUGCUUAUGCUGUUUUGGAUUUAAGAAAAAUUGAUGGUAAAUGUCUUUUAUUGGUUAAAAAUCCGUGGACACAUUUGAGAUGGAAGGGGCGUUAUUCUGAAAGUGAUUCGGCAACUUGGACACCUGAACUUUGUGCCAAAUUAGAUUAUAAUCCAAAAGAUGCUCAACAAUUCGAUGAUGGAGUUUUUUGGAUUGAUUAUCCAUCUGUUUGUGCCUUUUUUGAUGUCUUUUAUGUUAAUUGGAAUCCAAAAUUGUUUCCCUUUUCUUAUGUUUUGCAUUCUUCGUGGCAUGCAGGAAUGGGACCAAUUCGAGAUUUAUAUACAAUUGGAGAAAAUCCACAAUAUUUAUUAGAAGUUAAUAAUAAACAUGGAACUGCUUCUGUUUGGAUUUUACUUACUCGUCAUAUUACUGAUAAGGAUGACUUUGCCAACAAUAAAGAAUACAUAACGGUAAUUGUAUAUAAAAAUGAAGGAAAACGAGUUUAUUUACCUCAUGAACCUAAACCAAUAUUGGAAGGAACGAGAAUAAAUAGUCCUCACUACCUUUGCCAGCUUAUUGUACGUGAUCCUGGUACAAAUAAAUUUACAUUGGUUUUGGCUCAGUAUGAAAAAAUGAAAACAAUUUAUUAUAGUCUUCGUAUCUUUGCUAGUUCAGAAUUUAAAUGUGGAAACAUUCCAUCUCCAUAUAAAUACCACAAAAAGGGAGAAAUGGCUGGGGGAUGUGGAAAUGAUUCAAAUGGAGGAAAUUUUCGAUUAAAGAAUCCUCUUUUCCAUAUUGAAUUUGAAGAUGGGAGUGAUGAAAAUGAAUUUUUAAUUGACUUGAAAGGACCAAAAGAAUAUAGUGUUGGAUUAGAAUUUUGCCAAGUUUCUUCUUUUCGAAAAAAGGAUUUUGAAAGGAAAGAUUCUGGACCUUUUAGGCGAGGAUGUACAAUUUUACAAUUAGAAAAGAUUCCAGCAGGCAUUUAUUCCAUUCAACCAAUGACUUUUCAAUCUGGUCAAGAAGGGCCUUUUAUUUUGAGUUUACACUCUUCUUGUGAUUUUAAAAUCAAAAGAAUUCAAUAA